AUGGCUGCCCUCAUCACUGAAAACUUCCGCUUCCUUUCUCUGUUCUUCAAAAGCAAAGAUGUGAUGAUCUUCAAUGGCCUGGUGGCCCUGGGCACGGUGGGCAGCCAGGAACUCUUCUCUGUGGUCGCCUUCCACUGCCCCUGUUCUCCGGCCAGGAACUACAUCUAUGGACUGGCUGCCAUUGGAGUCCCAGCCCUGGCCCUGUUCCUCAUCGGCGUCAUCUGGAACAACCACACCUGGAAUUUGGUAGCUGAGUGCCACAAGAGGGGGGCCAAGAACUUCUCGGCCGCAGCCACCUUCCUGCUCUUUGGCUCCAUCAUAGGGCGGGCUGCCGUGGCCCCUGUCACCUGGUCGGUCAUCUCACUGCUCCGCGGAGAAGCCUACGUCUGUGCCCUCAGUGAAUUUGUGGAUCCUGCCUCCCUAGAUAAAUUUCCAUCCAGAUAUGGACCGGAGACCCUGGCCAGGUUCCCUUGUAAGGACAUUCCCGGGAACUUGACAAGUUUCAAGGAAGAAGUUAUAAGAAGACUAAGAUACGAGUCGCAGCUCUUUGGAUGGCUGCUCAUUGGGGUCAUCGCAGUCUUGGUUUUCCUCACCAAGUGCCUGAAGCACUGCUGCUCGCCGCUCGGCUACCGGCAAGAGGGCUACUGGUCCCAGUACCGCUCAAGCGAGGCCAAGCUCUUCGAGCGCACUGCCGAAGUUCACUCCAAGAUCCUGGCUGCCAACAACGUCAAGCAGUUCUUCGGCUUCGUGGCUCUGAAUAAGGAGGAGAAGGAGCUAGUGCAGGAGUUCCCAGUGGAGGGCGUCCAGCCAAGCCCGCAGUGGAACGCCAUCACCGGAGUCUAUAUCUACCGGGAAAAUAAGGGCUUCCCACUCUACAGCCGGCUCCAUAAGUGGGCCAAAGGGGUGGAGGGGAACGGGCCAGGGCCUGAUGGUCAGGAAAUGGUCUUCCUAGCCACAUAA